AUGCUAAGUUCUCAGCAAAUAACGUUAAUUACAAAAGAAGGGCAUAGAAUAGUCACAAGAUCUGAGCUCAAAAACAUCAGCGUCCUAAUAAAAAAUGAGCUACUAUCACAAAAUUCAAACGAAGUUACUCUCAGCGAUAUUUCUCUGGAUUCGCUGCAAAAAGUUUUGGAAUUCGCCCACCAUCAUAAAUAUAAACACCCUGACGUCCCGAAAAAGCCUUUGCCUUCAAGCAAUAUUUCUGAUGCCUUAGAAGACCCAUGGGAUUGCUUUUUCAUUAAAUCGUUAGAUUUAAAACUUUUGAUUGAAACUAUGAGCGCAGCUGAUAUUAUGGGGAUUGAAUCAUUAUCAGAGAUAUGUCAAGCCCAAUUAGCUACUUUUUUUAAAAAUAAAGGAAUAGAGGAAUUAAAUCAAGAAUUUUUUGUUGAUGAAGAAUUGACAUUAUCUGAUGAAGAAGAGCUUGUUAAAAAAUAUCGUAUACCUGAAGCAUAA